AUGAAGAACUGCUGGGUAUUUGCUUUGCUCUUUACAAAUGUUUGUUUUAUGAAUGCGAUUCAAAAGGACACAUUUUUCCCUUUUGGAUUAUCUGAAGGGGAUUCAGUUCUUCAGGAUGGUGACGAUGAAGUGUCUGAAGCCCUGAAGAUAAAAAAGCCAUUACAGUUCUACGACGUCCAGUUCAACGUUCUCUAUGUUUCCACAAAUGGGUUCUUGUCCCUUCAGCCUCCACCUGAAGAGAGUCAGUAUUUAAGAAACAUGUUUCCUCUCAGCUUCUCUGCCAUCGCACCUUUCCUGACAGACAUUAGUUCAGGACGGGGGAAAGGAUCUGUGUUUUACCGUGCCGAGGAAUCGUUAGAUGUAUUAAUCCGAGCUUCUGAAAUGGUGCAGCAAGGUUUUACUGGUUCUGCAUUUAAGUCCAGCCACACAGUCAUCGCCACAUGGGACAAUGUUGCCUGUGAAGAGGAAGCGCUCCAGCUCCCAUUUACAUAUUGUGCAACCAGUUUCCAGGUUGUGUUGGCAGGCAAUAAAUCAGAUACAUAUGCCUUGUUCCUGUAUCCAGAGGAUGAGCAGAAGAUGUUAACUAUCAGUUACAAUCAUACAAAAAGACAAGCUAAACAUCAGGCUGGUUUUAAUAGAGGUGAUACAUCUGCCACAGAAGAGCUCUUCUACAAUCUGUUUGGGUAUAAUGAGACCAGCAAGAACCUCUUUAAGGCAGGGAACACCGGGGUAAAUGGACUGUGGAUUUUCCACAUCGGAUCUAGUCGGUUCCCAUUCCAGAAGGUAGUUCCUGCUUCUGUCCCCAAGUCUGAUUCAAUGGGUUUUGGUAGCUUGCGCAGCACCACAGAUGACGAUUUCUACAUUACAGUAGAAUCAAACAUACCUGCAGACAAAUAUACUUCUAAGGCCCAAAUGGACAUCCCAGCUUCACUUGUUCAACAGCCCCCAAAACCAAACCAAGAAGCUACUUCAAAUAAUGUGACCAAAAUGUGUGGCCUGCACCUGAAAUUCUGUUCUCAGGAUGGUUACUGCACAGAUUAUCCAACUGGUCCUUGCUGUCAUUGCCGUUCUGGUUACUAUGGCAAUGGCAGACAAUGUUUACCAAUGGGUAUUUCUCAGCCUUUAAGUGGAAAGCUGAGUGGCCUUGUUUCUUUUGGAGACACUAAAGUUCAGCUAAACAAUGUGGACAUCCAUGGCUUUGCUGUGGUGGGAGAAGGUCGCGUAUACAUCUCUGUCAGUCCUGUCCCAGCUCAGGCAGGCUGGGCUCUGAUGGCUGUGAGCCCGCUGGUCUCUACAUUUGGCUGGCUGUUUGCUCUUGAGCUCCAGAACCAUCUGAAUGGCUUCAGCAUAACUGGUGCUGAGUUUUUUCAUCAGGCAGAGCUGGUCUUCAGCCCACAAAGUCAGCGUGUUACCAUUAUUCAAGAGGCUCAAGGAAUGGAUUCAUUCAACCACUUGAAUUUUGACAUUAGGAUCAAUGGAGAUUUACCUAGCAUUCCCAAUGGUGCUAAAGUCCAUAUUGUGCCAUUUAAAGAGACCUAUCAAUACAACCAAUCAGGUAAUUCUUUUGUGACAUCAUCUUCACUGCGAGAGUACAUGGUGGUGUCAGAAAAUGGUGGAUCUGAGACAUUCUCCUACAUGCUACACCAGAACGUGAGUUUCCGUAGCUGUGAGCACAGCCCAUGGACCACACCAGACUUUCAGCAGGUGAAUGUGGAGCAUCUGAUGGUCAUGUUCACAGAAGGAACCACCCUUAGAUAUGCCAUAACCAACAAAGUGGGACCUGUAGGAGGUGAGCUGCCUGGGCUUGUAGCGUUGAACCCCUGUUCAACUGGGAAGCACCAUUGUGACCCCAUGGCUCUCUGCCUGCCAGGAGACGGCACUCAUUACCAUUGUCAGUGUGCCAUGGGCUUCCAGGGAGAUGGACGCAACUGCUACGAUGUAGACGAGUGCGCUGAGGGGCUCAGUUCCUGCGGUCCUCACUCCGAGUGUGUGAACAUGCCGGGUGGCCAUCACUGCAACUGUCAAUCUGGCUAUGAGUUUGAUCUCGAUUUGCAUGUGUGUGUGGAUAUCGAUGAGUGUUUUCUUCAGCUCUGUCAUCCGUUUGCAUCCUGCUUCAACACCCAGGGCUCCUUCCGCUGCCAGUGCUGGCCUGAAUACAAGGGCGACGGCUUCCUAUGCCAACCACCACAGAAGCCCAAACCCCCCUUAACUGUGUGCCAGCAGCACAGAGAAAGUCUGCAGGAGAGUCUAAGCAUCUACCCAGGCCUGGAGGCCUUUAUUCCUCAAUGUGAUGAGAAAGGGCAGUACAAACCCCUGCAGUGCCUGGGCACCACUGGACACUGCUGGUGUGUGGACAGUAGAGGGCAGGAGAGAGUGGGCACCAGGACAAUGCCUGGCACUGCACAUGCCAACUGUGAUCAACCAGCGGCCCUGCUUCCCCGUGCGGAGACUGUGUGUGAGCGCUGGAGGCUUUCACUCAUGACUCACUAUAAUGGUCAGCCGUCCUCUCAGGAAUACAUGCCACUGUGUGACGCUCACGGGAAUUUCCUGCCUGUGCAAUGUUACGGCAACAGCAGUUUCUGCUGGUGUGUGGACCACCAAGGCGUAGAAAUCAUUGGAACAAGGUCUUACGAUGAUGUAAAGCCCCCCUGUAUCUCAGGUGAUGCACCGCCAUUGAACAAUGCACUGAUGUAUCCUGUCAUAAGCUCCUCCCCUUCAGGGCCUGCUAUCCUUUACACACAAGCCUCACAGAUUGGAGUCAUUCCUCUAGAUGAAACAGACCCAGUUCAAGAAAAGUCCACUGUUUUACUGGCCUUAAAGGACUCCAUUGUGAUUGGAAUGGACUAUGACUGUCAGGAGAACAUGUUGUAUUGGACAGAUUUUGGACGACAUACCAUUAACAGAGCGCUCUUAGAAUUUGGGUCUGAGCCAGAGGCUAUUAUCAGCCAAGGCUUGGUCCAGCCGGAGGGAAUUGCGGUAGACUCUGUGCACAGGAAGUUAUUCUGGGUAGACAGUGGGAAAGACAGGAUCGAGACAUCCGAUCUAGACGGCAGGAACAGAAAAGUGCUGAUUGAUUCUGAUUUGGUGAAUCCCAGAGCCAUCGUUGUGGAUGCUAAGAGUGGAACCUUAUACUGGACCGACUGGAACCGCGAUGCUCCCAAAAUAGAGAGCUCAUCACUGGAGGGACAUAAGAGGAAAGUUCUGGUGCAAGUGGGUCUCAUGUUGCCCAAUGCCUUGACUUUCGACUUUGACACAAAUCACCUGUGCUGGGCAGAUGCAGGCACAAAGAAACUGGAGUGCAUAUCUCCUGAUGGGACGGAGAGACAUGUGUUCCAGGAUGCUUUGAAUUACCCGUUCAGUCUGGCCAUCUAUGACAGCCACGUUUACUACACUGACUGGGAGAGAGAUGGGAUAGUGGUGAUAGAUCAAAGCACUGGGGAAAACACAGCUUAUCUCCCUAUUCAGCAGUCACACUUAUAUGGGAUUAUAGUUAUUCCAUCACAAUGCCUAUAG